UGAACGAUGUGUAUCAAAAUUUAUUUUGUUUCGAAUUUUAGAUAGGUUAUGGUACCAAAAACAAGUGCAAUCAGAAAUAGAAGCUGUAAUAGGUAAAAGGUGCUCUAACCUUACAAUACAAGACGAUAUAUUAACAUAUUAUGACAUGACAAUCUUGGCGGGAGGAAGAAGAUCUGCCAUUUAUAAAGCUUUAAGCCAAUUAAUCAGUAUAGCUGUAUUAGGAGGAAAUGCUGACUUGAAAUUGGAUUUGUUAGGUUUUCCAGACAAGUGUCGUUUAUUUGGAUUGCGCAAGAGUUUAUACAACGUUAUGAAAAAAGAAACAUUUAUAAAAUCUGCUAUAGUUCAAGGUGAAACUUGUAUUCUAAAAGAUCUAUACAACAUUGAAACGUCAUACAAAAUCAUGCCUGACGGAAUUUGGCAGUAUAGUAAUAACAAAUUUGGAAUAAAUUUCAGUCAAUUUCUUAUUGAACAGAAUAAUAUUCAACAGUAA